AUGGUAAGUCGACUCUGUCAGACACGGCUUAUAUACCGUCAUCUCGCUCUAACUCUGGUUACAGGUCUUUUCCUCGGGAGUGGAAGAUCUCUAGCUGGUGCUGGCCCUGGAGGUGCCGUGCUUUGCUACCUACUGAUGGCUACCGUUAUAUCAUCUGUCAUCUCAUGCCUAGGCGAGAUGACAGCUCUCAUGCCUGUUAAUGCCCCGGUCAUGGAGUUUCCCCGGCGUUUCGUUGAUCGAGGUGUUGGAUUUGCCGUCGGCUGGGUGUACUGGUUUGCCUACGCGGUGCUUGCAGCAGAUCAACUUGUUGCAGUGACUAAUUCUGUCAGAUUCCGAUACGAUGACGGGAAGACUUUCUUACACUGGGAAACUGGUGAAAACGUACACCCUGCAGUGUGGACAUCACUGUUUUUAUUCCUCGUUACGAUGAUAAACAUGCUUCCUGUGAAGGUUUGGACAACCAUGAUAUUCUAUUUUACCAUCGUCAUUCCAUUACUGACAGCUCGAUCAAACGCGUACUACAAAGACCCAGUUGGGACUAAAUACUGGGACCAACCGUUUUCAUUCAUCUGUCGGGAUUACAAAGUACGAGGAGAGGACAACACCGUCCAGAUGGAAAUCAAGGGAACCAUGGUCAGGACAACUAUCAUUAACGUGAUAUUCUCAUACGUGGGAAUGGACAUUGUCGCCGCUACAGCUGCAGAAAGCAAAUCUCUUGCAGAUUCUGAGAGUAUGAAGAUGGCGGCCAGAAAGAUCAACCUCCGUGUCAUAACGCUUUAUACUCUCGCCAUGCUUACUGCCUCCUUCCUGGUUCCACGAAACCAUCCAUUUUUGAACGGAAAGGCACAAUCAGUCGGUAGCUCAUCUGUCUUCCUUAUCGCUGUCGUCGAAGCUGGUCUACCCGCCGUUGCCCACUUUUUCAACGCCAUGUAUGUUUUCUCGGCAUUUACCUGCGCCAUAAACUCGAUGUACGUGGCGUCAAGAGUACUACAUACGUUAGCCCUGCGAGAACAAACCGGCCCAAGAUGGCUUACUCGAAGGCUACAAGAAUGCCAUUUGGGUGUGCCCCUGAGAACUGUUUUUGCAACAGCUGGUCUGAUGAUGAUUGCAUAUAUGGGGCCUACUGGCGGUCCUGAACGUAAGUACUUCUGCUGUAACAAUCUCGGGUACCCUCAUUGGUCAAAACUAUAUACUAAUUCGUGUAUUUCCAGACUUGAUGAAGCAAAAACCCUUGGGAACACUUCCCAGGCGCAGUCUGGUUGCUACGAACGAGACCACCCGCGCUACCCAUACAAAUCUCACGGCCAAUGGCUUAAAGGAGCAUAUGGGCUAUUUUCUUGCCUCAUCCUUAUUAUCUUUAACGGAGUAGGGGCCUUCCUGGAGACUCCAUUCAACGUCAGGCAUUUCCUUGCCGCGUAUAUCGGGGUGCCCGUGUUUUUCCUUCUAGUUAUCGGCUAUAAAUUCAAGAAACACGGAUUCCACUUCUCGAGAUGGGGCCCUGAACGCUCGAACGAUCUUCAAAACACCGUCCAGGUCACAAGCAAGACCAGGAAGGGGCGUUUGGAAUUCCCAGACGAUGGUUUUACUGCAGAGAACGGAAAAACGUUCGUGAAAUGGAUAUGGACAUGGAUGAAAUGA